GAAAAAUUCCCAAGAUAUGACUAAAACAUAUUGAAUUUCUCAAAAUAUGAGUAACUAUGUUUUUUUCCGGAAUAUGACUAAAAAUCGAAAAAAAAAAGAAAAUUUCGUCAUAUUAUAAUGUGGAAGGAUGAAAAUGCCCUUAUUUAAAAAAGAUGCAUUUUGCACUAAUUUCAGCCGUGUAAAUAUAUUGCACUUUAUGAAUGCGUUAUAGCACAACAUUUAUAGCACUUUAUGACGGCAUUCACUGCACAACAUAUAAUGCACUUCAUGCACUUCAGUUAUGGUUCUUCUUCAAUCUUGGGUUUGUCUUCAACCUCGACCGUCUUGCUGAAGAAUCUGAGUUGUUGGAGCGGCGGUCCGGCCAUCACCAUUCUUUUGCAACAUUAAUUAUUACCCUAAUUUCAUUAAAUAGAAGAAGAACCCAACAAACCGUAAUCUCAAGCGGCAAGAGAUCAAGCACUCUGGUUGAUGGAGGCACGAGGCAACUGUGCGGCGGGACGGCGACAGCCAGGGCAAGGUCGGCGGUGGUGGCGAGUGCGGGCUGGACGUACGAAGGAGGAGAACACGCGACUGUGCAGUUAGAUGGAGGUGAUGAGCAGGCGGACGUACGGCAAGGCAUCGGCUGGGCGGUGGCGGGGCGACAGAGGUAGGUGGCGGCAAGGCAUCGGCUGGGCGGCGGCAGGGCAGCAGCGGCAGGCGGGUGUGCGGGAGUAGUGGGAACGAAGCUAGAGG